UUGAGGAGUUUGUUUUGAACACGUUAAAGACGUAAUGACUAAGAAAGUAAAAAAACCUAUUCGUAAAUUAAAUUUUUCUUCUAGAAAUUACUAGUGAAAACCGAUUGUUUAAAAUGGAAGAAAAAGAUAAAGAAACCGAUUACAAUAAUGUUGUCGAUAAACUAUUGGAAACGUUCGGAGAGAUUCUCAGUAGAGAUGUGAUGUUAGCUAUCGUGGAAAGCUACGAAGGAGACCUUAAUGAAUCGGCGAAUGCUGUUAUGAACAUCUCUGUGGAUGGGAAUUGUAUGAAUCCUUCAAAUAGUGGAAAUGUUCUAAGGCCAAACAACAUGUAUUCAUUCCGUCCCAAGAACCCCUAUGCCAACCAUCCUGGUAUAAGGCAGCCACAUAUGAGCCAUUUUUACCCUCCAAAUGGUUUGUUUGCACAAAUUGGAAAUCCACAUAAUGUUCCUCAGCGGCCAAUGUCAUAUGCUGCUGCUUAUCAUCAAAUGUCUCAUCAAAUGAUUAACCAGCCAGUGAGACCUGCAAGUAAAUCUGACAAUAAAAAGCAAAGCAUUAAACCUGUUCCCAAAUCUGAUCAACAGAAUAAUUUUACGAAAAACACUUCAAGUCUUGACCUUCAAAAUAUCUAUAAACACCACGAGAAUGGUCAUCGUACUUUAAUAAUUUUGCGAGGUGCACCUGGUAGUGGAAAAACAUAUCUGGCGCAUAAAAUUAUUGAUACGCUUUAUAAUAAACGUAAUAAUAAUUACUAUAUGCACAUUUUUAGUACUGAUCAAUAUUUUACAAGGAAGGGUGUUUAUGAAUAUUGCAGAAAUAGACUAUCUGAAGCCCAUGAGUGGAAUCAGAAACGUGCAUAUGGUGCUAUGAAGCAAGGUGUAAGCCCUGUAAUCAUAGACAACACAAACACUGAAAUAUGGGAAAUGAAACCAUAUGUAGACAGUGGAGUGAAGUUUGGAUAUAUUAUAGAAGUUCUUGAACCUGACACACCUUGGGCUAGAAAAGCUCAAACACUGUGCAAGAAAAAUUCGCACAAUGUUCCCUUUGCAAAUAUUAAACGCAUGCUGGAAAACCUGGAACAUAAUCCAACAGGGCCAUCCUUGCUACAUCACUAUUCUUUGCAAUAUGAACCAACUAUGACACCGCCUAUCUUGCGGUCACUACCGCCGUUUAAUGAAAGAUCGCCAGAAGAAUUGGGUUCCACUAAUAAUAGGCCAAAAUAUGUUGCAAAUGAAAACAUUAAAAACGUCCGUACAAACAAUUAUAACCACCAAAUAAAACAGCAAUCACCGAAUGCUAGCUCGUCACAGCAAAGUAUUUCUGCCUCAGUAAAUAAUACAAAAACAAACAAAUCUGCAGAAAAUCCAUUUUUAAAAGCUUUAGAUGUGAACAAUCCAGUAAACGAUGUUAAAGAAAAUGCUUCUCCAUCUGCAAUACAUUUAGAUGACCCAACAAAAGAAGAUAUGCUGGAAAAUCCAACAACUACAUCAAUUUUAAUCUGCCAAGAGGAGAAGGAAAAACAAGAAGAUAAUGCUGAACUAGCUUCAUUUCCAAAUGAAUCAAGAGAACAAUUAGAUAAUGCUUCGAAAAUUACAUCUUUGGUAAAUGAUGUAGGAGGAGACGAAAAUCAGGAAAUUAUUUUUUCAAGAACAUCCUCAGACAGUGACUCAUUAAAGGGAGGUCUCUUAUUUGACGUGGAAGCCGAUGUUUCAAAUCGAUUUGAAAAAGAAAAGAAUCAUUCAGGUGAAGAAGCUAAAAAAACAAAGAAUACAGAUGAUGUACAAAAAAUCUUAGAAACAUUUGAAAAAGUGGAGAUUGAAUGGGAAAGUGGUGAGCAAUGGGAAGCAGAGUCAGCAAGAAGGGAAGAGAAUUUAGAAUGUCAGGGUGCAAAAGCAUUAGAUGUAAAACCGCAGAGAAAACAUAAAGCAGUGAACAUCGAAAAUACCGAUAAUGCACUAAAAGGCAAUUUGACAAAUUGUCAAGAUUGGACAAAAAUAGGAAUGUUCUUACCACCAUGGUCUGAUGAAAAUGAAAACAAAAACGUACAAGAUGUAGAGUCCUCGAUCCCGCUCGUAGAAAAAAGAUCCAACUUUACCUGCUUCGAAAUCGGGGAUACAAAUAUCAGUCAUGCAAAAAAUCUAUAUAAAAUUAUCUCUGCUAAGCCACGAGACAUCAAUGAAUUUCAUCUCCCGAUAACAAGCAAUAAAAUUCCUGAUCAAUGGAUGUUAGAUAAAAGUACUUCAACGCAUGACAAUCAGAUGUUGUCACCAAUAAAACGUUGUAAGAACGAGGAGGAACAUUUUAAGUUGUUCUCGAGAUUAUUUAAAAACGUGGAUGUUGAUAUAUUGAGGGAUAUUUUCGACAAAUGUUGUGGGGAUAUAAACUGGGCGGUAGAUAUCGUACUUGAUGACAUGGCUAGCGAAAACGUCAAUAAUAUAAUGGCCAACAUAAACACACCAAUUCAUGACAUAGAUAUGCCUGAACUUGAUUGCGACUGUCUCUCCGCCUAUAACAUAAUACCAGAACGACUUGAGGCAAUCUUACCAGAAAACCAAAUGCCUAACCAGACGGAUACCCAGUAUACAGUAAAUUUCAAAAAGAAUAAAAAAGAAUGCACUGUCUCAGAGGCUUCUAUCGAGUUGAAAAAACAAAUAGAAGGAAAUUUUGUCAUACCUGACAAUCAUUACUCUGAACGUUGCUUAAAAAUAAGAAAACUUCGUCGUGGUGAAGUUGAUACUCAAGAAACUUUAGAUUCUGAAGACAAUACUAACAACGAGCCUUCAACAUCGGCUGAAACUUCAAGAACUACUGAUCAAAAUUCAGCAUAUUUUGACAAUAAUUUACCAAGCACAUCUAAAACGGAUAGUGUUGUACCAGAAAUAAGUGACUCAGCUUCUUGUGUAAGCUCUGAUGAGGAUGAAGAAAAGACUGUAAACAUAUGUUUAGGAAGAGAAUUUGUGACGAAAUUAGAUGAAAUCUAUGGAGGUCAAACAGCUGAAUGUCUCAGUUUCAUAAAUCCGACAGUCAACAUCCCAAUGUCACUUUUAAGUAUAAUAAACGCUCUAUGGAUUGAAUCAUUAACCGAUCAGUUGCAAGAAGAUUCUAAACAAUCUCAAAUAAUGAUGGAGCAAGACGCGGAACUCGCGCGACUCUUAGCAGCUAAAGAGGAGGAGUUGACUCGUUUGGGACAAGAACCAGAAGUACCAGAUUUCAAGGAAAUCAUGGACAUGGAUUACGCCUUGUCUAUAUAUCAGAGGGAUGUAUUGGAAUGGCGUAAUAAUUUACCAGAUGAUCUCGCAGCAAAACUUUCAAGAGAAAAGUUGUAUAAUUUAUUCCCAUCGGUAUCACCGGACGUGCUAUCAGAACUUCUGGCGGCCCAUGACAAUAAUUUCCAUCUAACCGUCGAGGUGCUCUUGACCUCUACCGGACAAACUGAUAUUCUGCAAGCGAAGAAUGGCGUUAAUAAAUUUAUUGUGCAAAAAGAAAUGGAGCGGCAUGAGAAACUGCUCCAAGAAGAGAGAAAAGCGCUGUCUGAAGUUGAGUGGCCAUUGUUGCCGAAAAAUGAGAAAGUGGAUAUGUCCACUGUACAACAUUUUCGCAACUGCGCCGACAAGCACCUCAGAAUUAGAAACGAUAAUUACAACAAGGCGAGUGAAUACUUCAGGCGUGGUAUGACUCAAGUGUCGACUUAUUAUUUAGAACUGGCGAAUUUUCAUAAGACAAGAUUCGAACAUUCCAAUUCCAUGGCAGUAGCUUCCUUGAUACAAGUACACGCAGCCAACUCCUCCAAUAACGCUACUCUAGACCUCCAUUAUCUGAGGGUCCGUGAGGCUAAGGAGGCAUUAGACCUCUUCCUAGAUACACAUAUACAAAAAUUGAAAGAAUUGCAAACCAGAUCCAGUGUGAGAUGUCACGAUCUGUUCUUUAUAACCGGCAGAGGAGCCCACAGCCAGGGCGAGCCUAAACUAAAACCAGCUGUUAAAAAGAGGCUAUUGGAACGCGGAUUGAAAUGUAGCGAACGCAAUCCCGGCGUUUUAACUGCUAAGGUUUGCGCUGAUAACAAAUUGACGUAUGAGAUAGCUUAGUAUUCGUCAAAAUGCCCCCCUCGGGAGCCAUUUUGACAAUUAAAGAAAAGAUACGGCUUUUAUCUAAUGUCGUAUUGUUACACAGACUAUAUAUAUCACAGAUUUUGCAAAAUGAUCAUUUUCAUAGACGUAUACAGAUUGGACUUAGUGCACCUAUAGUGUAGUGAUGGACCAUAAACUGUGGAAGUGUUAGUUAUAGAUAAAUGUAGCAUUUACAAAUAAUUAGAGUAUUACAAGUGUAUGACGAGGUAGUUUUAACGGGUUUUUUUCUUUUCAUAUAGAUAAGCGUAGUUGUAAGUUAGAAAAGAAUGAGGUGCUUUCACCGAUGUUAAGGGAUAAAAUUAACAAACAAAAUGUUACUGUAAAAGUUUAAAGUUUACACAAAAAUGCGCUUUAGUGGAGCUUAAAAGCUUUUUUACAAAAAAUCCGGAGAGACAAGGUGAAAGUAUAGACUGAUCGAUUUUAAAUAUUGCGACUUUGGACGAGAAAAUAUUGUAAGCAUAAUUUUAAUUAAGACUCCGAAGGUACAACUUGUAUUUAUACAACCUAAUGUUGUCCGACUCUCAUAGAGGGCGCUGUUCUGUAAAUAUUGUAACAUACAACAAUACUACAAUAACAAUAAAUAAUUCUAAGUUAGGAAUAAUUUUUUCGACAGUAUGUUCCGUCUAUAUAAUAUUAAUUAGACUUAUUUGCCUUGGCACCCCAAAGAUUUCUUCAAGUUACAGUAAUAUCAAUAAAGACAUUACUUAGUACAAAUAUAAAUAGCACAGUCUUCAUUAGGCCUAUAAAUUCAAGUUUUAAAUACAACAAAACAGGGUUUAGUUUUUAACUUCGAAUUUUAUAGAAUGGGUGUCUACCUCAAGUUGUGCUCAAUUUAUUUUACAUUUAUUAUAUUUACAUAAUAAUUAAUUACCUUUUUUUUUACUGAAUAUUCAUAAUAUCACUUUAAAUCAACUAUAUUGUUGAAGUUUACUUGAAAUAAUAAAAUUUCUUCAUUGAUUAAAAAAGUAGUGUCUCAUGCUGAGUAAUAUUGGUUACCUUCGAACCCAAGAUAAUUUUUGUUAUUUGUUUUGUAUUAUUUUAUCUUGAUUGUAAAUAACUUGUUUACAUAAGAUUUAUUUUGUAAAUAACUUUAGAUUAUCGUAGACUUAUUAUAAAAAUCGUAUUAUAAAAAUGCCUUGCAUAUAAAACGGAUAAAAUGAAUCCUUCAAUUGAUGAAAACACGGCAACGACUUAAUCCAAUCUUCAAAUAAAUUUUGGAUUGAUGAAAAAAUUACCAUGAUGAUUUCUAUCUAUGAGAUUGCAUUCACUUUGUGGGUGUGUGCUUGACAAGACGAAUCAAUACGACCUUGACACUAUUGUGUUUAUAAAGGGAAAUACAAUUCCGUUACUCUGUCAACAGAUGGCGCUGUUGAUAUAUUCUAUAUAAAAUCUAUCAUGACUAGAUUAACUCUUACUCGGAUUUGAGAUAAAAAUUACAUGUUGUUUGUGUCAGUGACUGACCAUUCCAUAGGUAUUCUAUGAUACUUUACGAGUUUAUAGAUGUAAAUGUGGAUUUCUUGGAAGGAAAGCUACAAAGUUGGAUGUGGUUGGUUGUGGGUGGGUCAUAUUGAUUGAUAACAUUAAAAAAAUACUUUAAACGAAUACAAUAAUUGAAAUUGAUGAAGGGUAAAUUUUUUAACUGUUAUCAGUUGAUGUUUUAAUAAAAUAACAUUAGUAUAUAAUUAUGUAAUAAUUCAAUGUCUUCGGUGUCCUUUUAUUAAUGUGAUGUGUCGUGAUAAAUGUGAUUUAGUACUAAGUAUAUUAUACUGUUCAGCUAAAGUCCUUUUCACUCUAAAUGCAUGGCAAUGUGAGAAAAGUUUUAAAGGAAAUGAUCUUUUUGAAUAUGGAACAAAAAUAAAAUUAUUUUUUUAAUUAAGGCUGAAAAUGCUAUUAUUUAGUUGAAGGUCCAAAAAUAUUGAUAAUUUUUUAACUGUUUGUAAUAGCGGCUUAUUUGGCCGAUAACUUUUAAGAUUGUAUACAUCAGAUACUUUUAAAUAUCCCUUUUUAUUGAAAAUAAACAGGGUAAGUGUUUAGCACCUUUGUAAUACUGCUGUGAACGGAGAACGGAGAAAAAACAAAGAUGGCCAACCGUUAUUUUCUAUUGAUGUUAAGUUUUGCCGCAGUAUUACAGAACCUUCGUUAAUAAUUAUAUUUUGUAUUUAAUACGUUUAUAAUUAUAAUGCCGAAAAAAUAAAUUUGGGGAUUAUUUUUAUUAUAUUUUUUUAUUGGUGGGAAGUUAUUGCGAUUUUCGUGGGUCGCUCAGGUCGCAUCUAAUGAGGCACGAUUCAUGAAAUUCAUUGUCAAUUAUAGCUAUCCAUUGUAAUUGUCAAUUAAAUUUCGUAAGCAAUGGGUAUGACGUCAUCGCUUUGUAAACGAUUGAAGAACGUGACUGAUGGAAAAUUUGAAUGAUUGAUCCGAAGUGUUUGGAAGUGAACUGUUUGCAUUUGUACAUAUCUUUCUAUAUCUUUAUACAUGUACCCAUAUUUGCCCACCGCUUUAUUGAUGUUCUAUAUAUAGUUAUAAUAUAAUUUGGUGACGUUGAUAUUUAUUGGCAUAAAAUGAAUAGUAAAAUUGUUUAAAACAAUUUGAUUGUUAAUUAAAUUAAACUUGAUUAUGUAGCAUCGUAAUUUUUUGAUGCUGUGCCAAAAAGUAUGAACAAAUCCUUAGUUAAGUAAAUGUUUGUAGUUGUCAUAACGAUGUUCUGAUCUAAUUUGAAUGAUUUUAAAAUUUAUAAUGUUUGUAUUAUUUUCUGUACAUUAAUUUCUUAUUUAAAAUCAAAAACAUGAGGGUUUUUUCUUUCUGUUCGUCAGAAGAUAUUUGAAUUUGAAUUCACAUUUUUUUGAUGUUAAAAUGUUUCGGUUAAUUUUAUGAUUAUUUGUUGUUGUUAGUUUUAUUUGACAGCAAAAUUAAUGUCGUAACAGAAAAGUUAAUAUAUUGAUUUUUUUUUCAUUGUUAUCAGUACUUGUCUCCAAUAUAUCAAACUUACUUACGGUACAAAUUGUCCCAGAAUACGAUGUUUGUAAGUCUGUGUUUUCUGUUGUUGUUCAAACGCAACAUAAACGUAUUAAAGUUAAAA